GCUAACUGGAUUUUUCGUCCUUUUGUUCCACUUUUUAUUUACUUGUUUAUUUUACUUUUUCAAUAAUGACCUCUGAAACUUUUGUAGGCUACGCAGGUUUGAAACCCUAUGUACGUGAUGACCCCACUACACAUUUACAACACUAUACUUUUGAGCCUAGACCUUUAGACGAUGACGAAGUAGAAAUAGCAGUAUCUGCCUGUGGAAUCUGCGGUUCAGAUAUACAUCAACUUACUAAUGGUUGGAAACGCGCGAAUUAUCCCAUCAUACCGGGACAUGAAUUCAUUGGUCGAAUUACUGCUAUUGGAAAAGCAGUAAACCACUUGAAUAUCGAUGAUCGAGUUGGUGUAUCUCCUAUUUGUAGAACUUGUGGAAAUUGCGAGUUAUGUAAAACAGCACGUGGCCAAUAUUGUAGCCAAAAAGUUACUACUUAUAACAGUAUGUAUAAAGGUAUCCGUACAUUCGGGGGUUAUGCUAAUAAAGUUAGAGUUCAAGCCGACUGGGCAAUCAAGAUUCCUGAUAAUAUUUCAGAUGAAGAAGGUGCACCUUUACUAUGCGCAGGAAUUACAACGUAUACACCAUUCAAAUUUUUGAAUAUUGAUCAAGCAACCAGCAUUGGAGUAGUUGGAAUAGGAGGAUUGGGCCAUUUGGCGAUUCAGUGGGGAAGAGCCAAACAAUGCCACAAGGUGGUAGCUAUCUCUAGCACAAAGAAAAAGGAAGCGGAAGCAAAACAAUUGGGUGCCACCGAUUUUAUUGCACUUCAGGAUGGACCUUUGCCAUCACAACCACUAGUUGAUGUUCUCUUUGUAUGCGGAUCAGGACCUUCAACAUCUUGGGCAGAUCUUAUGUCGUUAGUACAUACUGGUGGCAAAGUGGUUUUGCUAGAUCUCCCUGAACAACCUAUCACUAUUCCUCCUUCUGCUUUAGUGUACCGUCAAAUUGCACUGGUAGGCAGUUUCGUUGGCUCUAAUGCUGAUCUUCAUGAUAUGCUACUUUUAGCCAGUCAAGCUAAUGUCAGACCCUGGAUUCAAAAAAUUGGAAAGAGUCUAGAACAAGUCAAUCAAGGAGUUUUAGAUUUGAUGGAUGGAAAAGCUCAUUAUCGUAUUGUCAUUUGUGGUGAGAACAAAUAGGAUUUAAUAGCUAUGUGUAUUCCCCCCCCCCUUUUUUUAAGAUUGAUUUCUAUCAAUAUUAAUAAAAAAAAAGAUACAGUGUUUUCAGAAAUCAGAGGUUAUGUUUCUCAUUAAAAAAAAAAAUCAUUUCUUCUAUCC